AUGUUUUACCUAAAACGCCCCGAGAUUCUUUGGACUUGUAGGCAGGCGCAACCAUAUCAAGCAUCUACAAUUCGUUUCGUGUCUACGAAGCCCUACGAUCCACUCCGGAUUCUCUUCUGCGGAUCGGAUGAGUUCAGCAUUGCUUCACUGAAAGCUCUCCAUAAAGAGCAUCUACUAAAUCCGGAUCGCAUCGCUUCAAUUGAUGUUGUCUGCAGGCCUGGAAAAAAGAUUGGACGAGGAUUGAAAAUUGUGCGAGAGGUCCCUAUUAAGGCGGCCGCAUCCGAAUUGUCACUUCCGAUCCAUGAGAUAGAUACCUUCAAAGGGUGGACGCCACCUCUGCCUUCUGGAGAGCCGAUUAACCUAGUAGUGGCCGUGUCGUUCGGACUGUUUGUGCCUCGACGGAUUCUUACUUCAGCAAAAUAUGGAGGACUAAAUGUUCAUCCUUCGAUGCUUCCGUUUUAUCAUGGGCCAGCACCGUUACAUCAUGUUCUCAUGGACGGUAGAAACACGACCGGCGUUACGCUUCAGACAAUGCAUCAUCAACACUUUGAUCAUGGCGUCGUCCUCCAGCAGACACCGCCCCCUGGCCUCGAGAUACCGGACCCAGAUUCAUGUACAGUUUCGCAACUUCUAAAUGUCGUUACGCCCAAGGGAGCAGAUGUCUUGCUUGAUGGUGUCAGGCGGGGCAUUUUUGUGCCUCCAUUGGAAAACCGAGGAUUUAGCGAUUUGCCGCUUGAUGAUGUGCCACAUGCGGCUAAAAUAACACCAGAAGAUCGACAUAUCAACUGGUCAGAGUGGCCAUGGCAGGUUAUUAACAGGAGGAAUCGGGUAAUAGGCCCAUUAUGGGCCAAGGCUUACCUACCUGAAAGCAAGCCUGGCUCGACUUCAGGGUCAAGGAAAAGAUUGAUCUUCACGGAAAUGGAGGAAGCCCAGCCAUUGGAAGGUUGCACUGAGUUCACCUCGUCGCCUGGUUGGCCGUUUGCGGCUAGCCCCCUACAAACUGAAGGCAAAAGGGAAGAGAAGCUCUAUGUCUGGACUUCUGACAGGAAGCUCAUCCAUCUGCGCCGAAUGAUUGUGGAGGGGGCACCAAAUACGGACGCUGCCCGGGCCGCGCGCAAAGCUGGAUUGUUGGAUGGCGAAGUAGUCCGCACUGAAAAUUUCGAGUUCCGGGGCUUCCAUGAUACCCUUCUAUGA